GCUGGACCCAGGAAUACGUAUUCUGGUCAAUAGACAGGAGUCUUCGACAGAUAUUCCAACAUCUGGAAAAUGCAAGGUCAACGCUUAUGGAACUGAGUUUGCUAGAAUCCCGAGAAAUGUCUUGUUCCUCCGUCUCUGACAUUGUCGUUCAGGAGGUUGUCCCACCUUGCUGUUACUGUAAAAAGGGAGAACAUUCUGCUGACUAUAGCGUGUCCUCUGGAUCAUCCGACAACAGCUCAAGCCUGUCUUAUCUUCCAAUAUUUUCUGAAGGAGCAGUUGUACCUGUCUCCUCCCAGAAGGAACCAUCUAUGCCCAGCCACAGCACACCCUUGCCUGCUUUUCAGCUGACAGACCCUGAGAAAUCAGAUCUUCUUCAGAAUUUGGCAGUGCUUCCUCCCUUACAAGCCCAAAGCUCUUUUAUUAAUUCGAUUUUAGAAUCCCUAGAUCCCUGCAACCAAGAGAAAAUGAAAGACAAGAGAAAGAAUCGUUUGCUAUCAGAUCAGGGGUUCAAUUCUGUCUUGAAUGAGAGCCCGGGUCCACUAGUAUGGGCUCCACUCCAGCUCUCUCCUUUAGUCAGAGGAGAACUGGAAGGACAUAUGUCUCAGAAGGUUUCUACUUUGCGGGAACAAGUGAUACCUCUGCCUGUGAAGAAAUCCUGGGAAAUACUCAAUCGUUUGAUGGAUGUACAAGGAGUUCCUGAACAAGAGCUCCCCAAAACUCAGUUACCUACAUUCAUUCCUCAGAUUGCUGAGCAAAAUACCAGCAGAUCUCCAGAUGUUUCAUCGUUUCAUCUCCAUGUGAACAUUGGGAUGAAUUCUGAACUAAGUAGGACAGAAGCAAAAAUGUCACAGCCAUUUACCUCAAACAAGCGGUUACAAUCUGAGGAUGACCGCCAAGUCCUUAGAUAUAACCCUUUAGUGAUAUCAAUGGGCACUCCAUCUCCCAGAAAUUUAGGAGUUAACAUAAUCCAGGAAGAAACUGCUUUACUGAAAAGGGAUCCAAAGCAUGUGCUACAAUUGAGUAUAGAACAGAGGGUCAUAGGUCUGCCAGAAAGAAUGAUACAGCCACACAAGGCACAAGUGACUAACUUGGAGCUGACAUCCAAGAUACCACGUUCAGCUACAGACAGCAUAAAGGUCACUCCAUUGGCAUUGCUUCAGGUUAUGGACUCAAUGGGAAUGAUCCCAGAAUCACAUUCAGAGGUGAUGGACUCUGUGGGGUUUUCCCAACAGCCACCAAUUCAAGCUGAAACUGUGAGUAUAACUCCUCAGCCAUCAAAUCAAGUAAUUGAAUCAAUAAAAGGAACAAGUCCUCAGCAUCAAACUAUGGAAACAAAGAGUAUGGUCUCAAGAUCAAAUCAAGUCACAGAUAACAUGAAUGUAACUCCUGUAGCAUUGUUUCAUGUCAUGGAUUCCAUGGGGAUGAUUAAUGAAUUACAUCCACAUGUAGAAUCAGUAGGAAUAGCCCCAAAGCCACAAUACCAAGUCAUGAAACCAGUAAAGAUGGAGACAUUGCAUAACCAUCAAGCCAUUGGACCAGGAAAUACGAGUCUAGGACCACAGCAUACAGUCAUGGAAACACUGAACAUGACCGUGGAGUCACAAAAUCAAGUCACAAAACACAUCGGUAUUACUCCCGCUCCAAUAAAUCAAAAUGCAAUAAAAAUUAGCUCAACUACACAACAAACCAUGGAUUUCGGCCACAAUUGCAAAGUGUCAGAUUUCCAAACUUCUAUCAAGGGCUAUAUCUUCAAGGGGAAACCCCAGUUAAUUUCAUCUCAGGCCCCCCACAUUACGGUGCGAAAUCUGAUGAAGCAAUAUCCUGUUCCCCGGUGCCAGAAAUCAGAUCGUCAGAUUUUAUCCUGGGGCCAGCGGUCCCAGAACCACAACCACAAUCACGGCAGGUGA